UAACAAUUGAUAGCAAAUUUUGUAUAACCUGUUAUUAAAUAAUUAUUUCUAGUAUUGAUUUUCUUAAUAAGUCGUCUGCGGGUGAUCUCGAAAAAGAAUUAAAUAAUAAUAUUCCACACUAUCAAAAUGCAAAGAUGUAUUCGAAGAUUUUCUAUAUCAGUUUCGAAAAACGAGUCUUUUGUGGAAGAGAUGCAGAAAAACUUCAUACCUACAAGUCCCUUUCAAAGAACUUUGUUAGCAUGGGGAUCAGCAGCUGUAUCCCUGUUAAAUCCAUAUAGAGGUGAUAUGAUUGCAUGUUUAGGAGAAGUUACAGGAGAAAAUGCUUUAAACCAUAUGAAAGCUAAAAUGCUGGAAACAUCGGAAGGAUCAGAAAUACUGUGGGAACGCCCUCGAAUAAACUCAAAAACUGUUUCUUUUAAUAAAUUACUAGAUUUGCCUGAAAAUACUGUUGGCCGUGUUUAUGCAGAGUUUAUGCGGGAUAAUAAUAUUACUGCUGAUUCUCGACUACCUGUUCAGUUUAUAUCUGACCCAGAGUUGGCUUAUAUAAUGCAAAGAUAUAGAGAAGUUCAUGAUUUGGUUCAUGCAACAUUAUUUAUGAAAACCACAAUGUUAGGUGAAGUAACAAUCAAAUGGGUUGAAGGAAUUCAAACAAAAUUGCCAAUGUGUAUAAAUGGUGGUAUUUGGGGAGCAGGACGUCUAAAGCCUAAACACAGACAUCUUUAUCUUAGAUACUACUUGCCCUGGGCUAUUAAAACAGGAACUCGUGCUAAAUUCAUGCAAGGUAUAUAUUUUGAGAAAAGGUGGGACCAAGAUAUAAAUGAGUUCCAUAAAGAAAUGAAUAUCAUAAGAUUGUUAAAGAAAUGAUUUAGUCCACUGACUUU